AUGAAUGGAGAUUUAGCAGCUUUUGGAAAGAUGACUUCGCCCACCUGUCCCACGGGCCCCAUGGACAGCCUGGAGCUCCUGGAUCUCCUUUUUGACCGUCAGGACGGCAUCCUAAGACACGUAGACUUGGGCAAGAACUGGGACUACCCCGAGGACCAGGUCCAGCUUGGCCCCAACGCUGAUGACUUCCUCACCUCCAUCCUGGGCUCCGGAGACUCGGUGCCCAGCUCCCCGCUCUGGUCCCCCGCAGCCAGUGACAGCGGCAUGUCCGAAGACUUGCCCUCUGACCCCCAAGACACCCCUCCACAAAACGGGUCUUCCACCACCCUCGCUGGCUGCCAUCCCACUGAGCCUGGCAAGGGGCUGUGCCCCUCCUAUCAUCCAGGCCACACCUGCCCUGCCAGGCCCCCCGGGCCAGUGACCCCAGUGCUCGAGGCCUCCGUGGCCAUAGACCUGGACAUGUGGAACCCACAAGGAUGGCUCUAUCCUGAGAAGCCGGCCGAGCUGUCAGACUCGCCCCCACACUACAACCUCACGGUGAAGGAACUCCUCCUCUCCAGCAACAGUAGGGACCUAGUGAGUCAACACCACCUGGCAGCUCCUCACCUGCUACGACCUGGAGCCGGGCACUGCCAGGAGCUGGUGUUGACAGAGGACGAGAAGAAGCUGCUUGCCAAAGAAGGCAUCACCCUGUCCACCCAGCUGCCCCUCACCAAGUAUGAAGAGCGAGUGCUGAAGAAAAUCCGCCGGAAAAUCCGGAACAAACAGUCAGCCCAAGAAAGCAGGAAGAAGAAGAAAGAAUAUAUUGAUGGUCUGGAGACUCGGAUGUCCGCCUACACCACCCAGAACCAGGAGCUGCAGAGGAAAGUCUUACAUCUCGAGAAGCAGAACCUGUCCCUCUUGGAGCAGCUGAAGAAACUCCAAGCCCUCGUGGUCCAGUCCACCAGCAAGUCUGCCCAGUCCGGCACCUGCAUAGCGGUCCUGCUGCUCUCCUUCGCCCUCAUCGUCCUCCCCUCCAUCAGCCCUUUCGCCCCCAACAAAGCAGAGAGCCCCGGGGACUUCGCUGCUGUGCGAGUCUUCUCCAGAACAUUGCACAACGACGCCGCGUCCCGCGUGGCCUCUGACACUGCGCCAGGCUCCGAGGCCCCAGCACCCCGACCCAAGGCUGCCCCACCCCAAGAAGCGUCUCCAGGCAGCCCUGGGCCAGACCGGGCCUCCAGGGACACGCCAGCGCUGGACAACUCGACGCUGGUGCUGGGCAACUCUACCACGGCGCUGGACAACUCGACGCUGGUGCUGGGCAACUCGACGCUGGUGCUGGGCAACUCGACCCUGGUGCUGGGCAACUCGGAGGAGGUGUUGGGCCCCUCUGCCCUGCUGGACUGGGCCGCGCCUGAAACAGGGCCCAGGCCCGGGCACCUGGGGCUGGAGGCGGGAGGAGAGGAGCUGUGA